CUAGGCCAGGCCCCUCUCAUCCGGGUGUGCCCCUGCUUGCGACGGAGGAGCGGGCUCCGCUGCCCGACCGCCCCCGGGGCCUGGGCUCCCGGCGGCCGCUCUGAGGCGGGGGUGGCCUCAGAGCAGUCGGGGCCGCCGCGCCCGCCCUCCCCUCCGCUCCCCUCGGCUGCCGGGGCACCCGCAGAAGUUAGUAGUGUAUAUCCGUGUGACUGAUGCUCCUCCUGACGUGAAUAGAUAUUCCGAUCGCUAUGGCGGCCACAAGAAAUGUGAUGAGAGCUGUCAGAGUUUUUGAAUUUGGUGACCCUGAAGUGCUUAAACUGCAGUCAGAUGUUUUAAUUCCUGUUCCAAAAGAAAAUCAGGUGUUAAUUCAAGUCCAUGCCUGUGGGGUAAAUCCUGUCGAGACAUAUAUUCGUUCUGGAAAUUAUGCUAGAAAACCGGCUUUACCCUAUACUCCUGGCUCAGAUGUGGCUGGUGUAAUAGAAGGUGUUGGGGAACAUGUGACUGCAUUCAAGAAAGGUGACAGGGUUUUUACCACUGGUACAAUCUCUGGAGGAUAUGCAGAUUAUGCAGUUGCUGCAGCUAAUAGAGUCUUUCCUUUGUCGGAUAAACUGGACUUCAGGCAAGGAGCAGCGAUUGGAAUACCCUACUUCACUGCUUAUCGUGCUCUUUUCCAAAAAGGGCGUGCCAAAGCAGGGGAAAGUGUGCUAGUGCAUGGUGCGAGUGGAGGAGUGGGAAUAGCAACAUGUCAGAUUGCCAGAGCUUGUGGUUUGAAGGUUUUGGGUACAGCAGGAACCGAGGAAGGCAAGAACAUAGUUCUGAGAAAUGGCGCCCACCAAGCAUUUAAUCACAGAGAAGCUAAUUACAUUGAUAAAAUUAAGGAACACACAGGGAUGGAAGGAGUUGAUAUAAUAAUAGAAAUGCUCUCUAACGUCAAUCUUGCUACUGACUUGCAACUGCUGUCCUAUGGAGGAAGGGUGAUGGUUGUGGGCUCUAGAGGUCCUAUUGAGAUAAAUCCAAGAGACACUAUGAGUAAAGAAUCUAGCAUAAUUGGAGUUAGUCUGUUUCUUGAAACUGAGGAGGAGAGGCAUGAAUGUGCAACAGCACUCCUUGAUGGCAUAGAAGCUGGUUGGCUGAAACCAAUUGUGGGCUCUGAAUAUCCACUGGAGAAAGUAGUUAAGGCUCAUGAAGAUAUUAUUCAUAGCAGUGGUGCUCGAGGAAAGAUGGUGCUCCUUCCAUAAAGUCUUUUUCCAUUUAUUUUGUAGCUGUUCUUAACGGUACCUUUGCUUACAUGAUUCAUUGGAUGUAAAACAUACUCUUGAUCAGGUUUGACAGUAACAGCAAAUGCUAACUUACAUUAAUGAAUUAACAAUCUAUUUUCCUUUUGUAAUAAGCAGAGUUGCAUAUACUUCAAAGUAAUUUUUGUAGCUUUUUUGGCUGAUGUGGAAAUAAUAAAUUUUCUCAGCUGGUGUGGCCUUGUGAUGCAGGGGAAACUAAUAUCUAAGAUAGAAUUUGAUAUCAUCCUCUAUGUGAAGUUAUAGUGAGGCCACUGUAGGUAGUGCAAAAUGAAGCCUGCUUUUUCAGCAGAUACACAAAUGUAUAUAACUAACUAUAUGCAUAUAACUAGGACUCUCAAUUCUUUAGCCACAAAAUUUGUCUUAUUCAUCUUUUGUCAGGUAAUUUACUUGGAAUAAAAGCUUUUACUGCCAAAAUAGUUCACUUUCCAGAUCAAAAGAUGGCCAAAGAAUCUCUAAAAUGUGAACUGUUAGGAAGCAGAGGCAGUUUGAUUUUUCUACGCCUGACUUAGUAUGUGAGGUGAAAGUGUCUCAGUUAAUCCAAAGGGACCAUAACUCUGAUGCUGCAUGCUAAUACUUGCUACUUGGCAACUGAUCAUAUUGGCAGAAGCAGCUGAUUCCUUGAUGGUAAAUGGCUGGGUAGCGAGGAUUUAAAUUCUUCCUGUGAUCUUUAUUAAAUUUAAAGUCACCUGAAUCCCUGGCUACAAUGAGGAGAAAAGAGAGGCUGCACUGCUUUCAUGGGUACUGAGAAUUCAUGUUAUUUCAUAAAUGAAUGUGUAUACAUUGUUGACUUGUUCCACAUACAAUCCAAUUAAGGAAGGACAAUUUCUUUGAUACGUUGACAGUUUUUACACUCAAAAUACUGUUUGGUAUUACAGGCACUUCCUUUUAAUGAUAUAAUUCUCUAAUGAGCAGUGAAGUCAUCACUUGCAGAAGAGUUUUCUCAACUUUGAAGAUGAACUUUUCUGUUCCUUUGAGGAAAAGUGAGUCCUUACUAAACAAACUUUUUAGAAGUAUUUUUGUCUGUGAAGGUUACUUGCUUUUUAACAUUUGGUCUGCAUUCAUGUGGUGUCAUGCUAUCAUAAAUCAGCACACACUCUCUGAAUCCAUGUAUAGUUUCCUCAGGGUGGUAGCUUCAUCACACUAGCAUUUUCUAAAUUGUGAUUUUUUUUCUGAACAGGCAUUCAUUUCUACUGAUGUUUUGCUUAAUCUAAACUAAGAAAAUAAUUGGCAAAAUCUUUUGAAAUGUCUGGAUUUCUCCUCUAUGAUUGUGAUCCCUUCUUAAAAUACUAAGGUAAGAGAGGGCCCCACAAUAUGUCUCUUUAUAAGCCUCUCGAUCAGAUCUUAACGUUUUGUUUUAGUGCUUAAUCGACCACGACUGUUCUGUGUGUGGUUGGGAGAAACCAAAUCUUGACACACUACUUGUCUCUAGAGCCUGAAACUGGUUAGUUAUUUUACCUGUGUGUCCUCUAGGAACAACUGGCUCCUUUCAGAAAAUUGGACACUGUUUGUGUUGAAAUCUGGCUCGCAUUCUAGUGUCUUCAUUGUGCUUGGCAGACAUGUUUAAAACAAAACAAAAACUUAUGCCUGAUCUCUGGUUUUGCACCUUUUUUUUUUUUUUAAAUUAGAGUAGUUGGAAUUGAAAUAUUUUCCAAGCCUGUAGACAUGUUAGCAUAUAAAUACUAGGUGUACUAAAAAAAGUGGUAGAAAAUUGUCGACUUAUUUACACAGAAGAUGUUGCAGGUGAUAGCCUCUGUCACCUGUAAGAUCCUCCUUCUUGCCAAGUGACUUACCCUUGGAGGAGACCAGGAAUAGUUGGAUCAUUACAACUGAUGCACUGCCAGCUUGUUUAAAAUCUGUCUUAGAAAAUAUCCAGUCUUUCUGCUUGAUUUUUCUCUUGUGCAUAGUUAUGUAAAGAGAUGCAAAAUACUUGCUUGGAAAUAAGAUAAUAUAGCUUUACUUCCUCCCGCUCUCCCAAGUGCAGUCUCAAUAGACCUGGAAGCGGGUCCUGGGCUUCAUGUGGUCUUCUCCAACAGCCACGUUUCUUGUGCUAUCACUCCUAAAUGGGUGAAAAUAUUUUGGCACUUUGUUAAUGGAAAGUGGAUGAUUCAUGGUAAGUGCCUGGAAAUCAAGAGAGAAUUUUCUUUAGAGCUCUAGCAAAAAGACUUAUUUUUGUGUCAUUGUAGUUGAUAUGGAUAACAAUAGUUGAAGUAUCAUGGAAUCGUAGAAUGGUUUGUGUUGGAAGGGAUCUUUGAAGAUCAUCUAGUCCAACUCGCCUUUCACAGGCAGGGACAUUUUUCACCAGAGCUGGUUGCUCUAAGCCACAUCCAGCCUGACCUUGAACACUUCCAGGAAUGGGGCAUCCACAACUUCUCUGGGCAACCUGUUCCAGUGUCUCAGCACCCUCAUCAUAAAAAAUUUCUUCCUUACGUCGAACCUAAAUCUACUCUCUUUCAGUUUAAAACCAUUGCCCCUUGUCCUGUCAAUACAGACCUUGGUAAAAAGUCUUUCUCCACCUUUCUUAUAAGCCCCCUUUAAGUAUUGAAAGGCCGUAGUAAGGUCUCCCUGGAGCCUUCUCUUCUCCAGGCUGAACAACCCCAACUCUCAGCCUGUCCUCAUGGGAGAGGUGAUUGUUGAGUACAUCAGCCUUCUCCGUGUUGGUUGUCACUAGCUCUCCUGUCUUACUUACUGGAGGUGGUGCAUUUUCUUUAAUCUUCCUUUUCUGGCCAAGAGGCUUAUUAUUCUUUGCAUGCCUCGUCAAAUUCAGCUCCAACUGUGCUUUAGCUUUCCUAAUCCCAUCCCUACACAUCUGGGCAGCGUCCUUGUAUUCUUCCCAGGAUGCCCAUGGAAGUAUGUGUGCUCAUGCUACUUCAAAUCUAGCUAGCAGAGUUAAUGAGACUGUUGGGAACUGUUCUUUGCCCAGUUGCAUGUUGUUAUUUUCUAAUUUGAGAGAAUGUGAGAUAAAUAAUGAACAUUGAUAUUUUUCUAAAUAACUGAGUAUAGAUACUAAUCUUUUUCAUAUUGUACAAUUUAAUUCUAAUGCUCACGCUCACUUUUGGGUUAGCAAUCAAUGAUAGGGAAGACUGGUGUCAGACCUGUUUGUGGCAUCUGUCCUUCAGUUACACCUAGAUUAAUGUUUUCUUUUUAUUAAAGGCACUGGUAAGGUCUCAUUGGGUAGUAGUUUCAUCAUUUCUGUAGGCUGGGAACUGAGGCUCAGGUCCAAGACAGGUAACAUCCUGGAGACAAAUAUUGUUGUGCAAAUUGUAGUGGGUUGGGGGAGGAAAUUAGAAUGGUUUUCAAGAAUAUGAACUUGUGAGCAAUAACUAGGCACAUAUCACAAAAAAGGAAAGAUGAUCUUUACAGUGAAGCUUAUGAAACCAAUUCAAUGAAUACUGAUGAUAAAACAGCAAGGUCUUAGUGUCAAAUAGGGAAGGAAUGUUUUUCUAACGCAAGGUUAAGUAAUGUAAGGAAGACUUUGUCCAGCACCAAGUUGGUCCCUGUGGAAGUGCAUCUCCUGUGUUUUAAAUUAACUCUUUGGUAGAUAGGAGACCCCUCAAAGUUCAAGAUUCGGGUUUGCAAUGUCAGGUUUUUUCAGGUAUGGAAAGGUCUCUUUUAAUGCCAUGUUAAUUUUAUUUGGGACUGCUACUCAAGUGAUAAUUUAAACUUACAAGUGAAUAAUUUUUUUAACAUACCAUAAACAGAUACACGUCUCUACAAAGAUAUACAUACUUUUUCCAACAAUAUUAAUUCAGUAGGAUUUAAGUAAGUAUUUGUAUUUCUGGUGGGGGUGGAUGAUGUUAAGAUAUUAUAGCUGUAAGCCUCGUUAUUAAACGCAGGACUAAAGGAAUAUGCUGGAUCACUGACUUAAGCCCUCAUUUCUUUCAAGCAGUUUGUCAUAUAAUUGGUUUUGUGAACUUCUUGAGCUCCAUCUUCUAAAGUGGGUAGACCACAGUACUGUUUCUUCUGUGCAAAUAUAAGUGUGAGGUUGUUUUGCUAUUA